AUGGGCGCAAGUGAGUAUCAACACACAAAUACAACUCGUUACAUAUGGAGUUGUAGUAGCAAGCAGGCAGGAGCGAAAAACAAGCUCUAUGGGAACACCUUUUCUCAAGUGUCCCAGAUUACUAGCCGCCUAUUUGGUUCUCCUCGUAUCUCCCCAGCUUUCCUCCUCCUUCUACCACCACCUCCACCACCGCCACCACCACCAAAUACCUACCAGCCUGUCCGCCAAAAAAACAAGAUGCUGAUGUGUCGACCGCCGACGAAAAAGGGCACAUUCCUACAUUUUCCCCUGGAUGACGGGUAUAUCUGA